AUGAUUCCAUAUUUCCAAUCACUCUUGCCACCAACCACUGCCCUGGGAGGCUACCUCCCACAUUGGCUCUUGUUUAUCUCGGUAGUAUCUAUCUUUAAUUCGUUACAAACAUACCAAUCAAAGGACUUAUCCUUGACCCACCGUGUAUACGAGCUGGCUCCUCGUAACGAGGUUACUAAUCUUAGUGCACGUACUUUUGGUACCUGGACUUUUAUCACCUCAAUUGUUCGUUUCUACGGUGCCUACUACUUGGUGGGUAACAAGCAAAUUUACGAGUUAUGUAUGUGGACUUUUGCCGUUGCUGGUGGUCAUUUUGUCAGUGAAUGGAUUUACUACGGUAACUGUAAACUUGGAAAGGGGUUAGCAGGUCCUUUAGUUGUUAGUUCUCUUAGUUUGAUUUGGAUGCACGCCCAAAGAGACUUCUACCUUGCUUAA